AUGCACCAGCUCCGCAGCCCGCAGGUGCUGCCGGCCCCUCGCAAGCAGACGUGCGUGCGGGCCAACUCGACGGCAGCGCCCGCUUCUGACGGAGCGAGACUCGACUGGAAUUCCUUCUUCCGGCUGCGGACCUCCCGCCGGCGGUACUCGCUGGCCUCCUCCAUCCUCGCGUCGCUGGUCAGCACGAGCGUCGGCAUGCAGGUCCUCUCGACGCAGGACCUGGAGUCUCUGGGUGCCCAGGUGAUGGGUCUGGACCCUUUCGUCGUGCUGGGCCUGGCGACUGCGGCGUGCGGUGCUGUCGGCUGGCUGGCAGGCCCGUUCCUGGGGAAUGGACUCUGGAGCCUGGUGCACCGGCGAUUCCAGACUUCGUUUGCAACGAAAGAGAAAGAGUUCUACAACCGAAUCAAGCGGUUCCGUGUCGACCCCUCGUCCAACUCGAUCGCCAACCCGGUCCCCGACUACUACGGCGAAAAGAUAGGCAGUGUCCAGGGAUACAGGCAGUGGCUCAAGGACCAGCGAGCCUAUAACCGGAAGCGGACCAGGCAUAUCAUCUAA